AUGGUUUCCUACAAACUUCUUACAAUCGCUAUCUACACGGGAGCAACACUCGCCCUUCCACAAUCUAAAACCGCCAUCAACCCAACUGCUACCAUAGACAACGGCAUCAUAGUCGGGACUUCAACAUCCAUUCCUGAUUCCAAGACCAAAGUCAAUCAGUUCCUCGGUAUCCCCUUCGCCGAAAAGCCUAUCCGUUUCAGCCCCCCAAAGCCAGCCAAACCAUGGGAUACUCCCUACAAUGCCACCUCUUACAAGCCAGCUUGUUUUAUGAAGUUCAACUAUCCCGAAGAACGACGAAAUCAAACGAUUGAGAUAUUUGCUACACCUGGACCCCCAGCAGGGACCAGUGAAGACUGCUUGAAUUUGAACAUUUAUGCUCCUGCGGGUGCAAAAACCGGCUCGAAGCCUGUUGCGUUCUGGAUUCAUGGAGGAAGUUUCAGUCACGGGUCUGGAUCUCUGCCCUAUUAUGAAGGAUCCAAGAUGGCAGGCUAUGAAGACCUGGUUGUCGUUACUAUCAAUUACAGGACCAAUAUCUUUGGAUUUCCUGAAACCUACGACUUGCCCAAGGGACAAUGGAAUCUUGGCUUCCUUGACCAACGGCUAGCCCUUACCUGGGUCCAAGCCAAUAUUGCUGCUUUUGGAGGAGACCCCGAGAAAGUCACCAUCUUUGGUGAAAGUGCCGGUGCAGGAAGUAUUGAUGAUCUUCUCACAGCUCCACCAGACCCUCUCCCAUUCCGCGCAGCUAUUCUGCAGUCUGGCUCUGCUUCAACAAACGUCACUCCCACUGGCUCGUGGAAGAACGCAACCAAGCUAGCUGGUUGUGAUAAUGGCGACUUUGAUCAAGUCCUUGACUGCAUGCGCGAGAUCCCAGCUGACAAGCUCAAGGAUAUCAUCGAAAGGGGCAUGCUCGAUUUUGCGCCUCUCAGCGAUGACGGGGUCACGCUAUCAAACUAUCCCCGCGACAUCCGUCUCAAGUCUACAGACAACCCAAAGCUCAUGGCCCGAGUUCCUGUUAUGUUGGGCACAACAGCAGACGAGGCAAGAAUACCCCAGUUCAUGAACAUCUCGGUAAAGGAUGCUCUGAAAACCUUGGCCCCUGGCAUAAGUGACUUUCAAGUUUCGCUACUCAAGUUCCUCUACCCCAUUGGAUCUCCCGGAAUCAAUAACGAAUUCGAUCAGGUCACCAGAAUGGCCACUGAAAUCGGCAUGCAGUGCCCCAUUCGCUACGUGGCUGAAGAUUUUGCCGACGCAGAUAUCAAGACCUGGCGAUAUAUUUACAACGCGAGCUUUGCCAAUACUGAGAUCUUCAAUGGCAGUGGAGCAUACCAUUCUGCGGAAAUUCCAACUCUUUUUGGGACGUUUCCCGAGAAAGGUGUUACUGAGUUUCAAGGGAAGUUGAGCAGGGAGAUGCAGAAGGCUUGGGGCAAGUUCAUCAGAGAUCCCACUGAUGGCCCUGGGUGGGAACAAAUUCCUAAGCUUGGUAUCUUUGGAGGAGGUGUGAGCCCUGGCGGUAAAGAACCAGUCAAGGCAUUGGAUGUUAGAAAUGCAAACAUCAUUGAGCCGAGAUGUUUGUUAUUCAAGAGCAUAUGGGAGAAAGGUCAGACAAAAGAGUGA